AUGACGAGGCUCUUCACGCUUUCUCUUUCUUGUCUUUGUGUGCUGCUCUUGGCAAGUGCAUGCUUUGGUAGCAUCGGCACCCAAAGGUUCAACCAGUGCCAACUUGACAGCCUCAACGUGUUGGAACCCGACCACCGUGUUGAGUGCGAAGGUGGUAUAAUUGAGACGUGGAGCCCAAAACACCCUGAGCUAAAAUGUGCUGGCGUCACUUUUAGCAAACGCACCUUAUACACCAAUGGCCUCCACAUGCCAUCUUACUCACCUUAUACCCAGAUGAUCAUGAUCGUCCAAGGAAAGGGAGCGAUUGGAUUUGCAAUGCCGGGAUGUCCUGCGAUGUUUGAGGAGCCAGCAGAUCAAUCUGGUUCGAGCUCGCAGAAAACGCCAUCAGACAGCCACCAGAAGAUUCGUCAAUUCAAACAGGGUCACAUGCUCAUGAUUCCCGCUGGUGUUCCUUACUGGACCUACAACACGGGCGAUGAACCUCUUGUUGCCAUCAGUCUUCUUGACACCUCUAGCAUAGACAACCAGCUUGAUAAGCGUCCCAGAGUGUUUUACCUUGCUGGUAACCCAGAUAUAGAGCACCCAUUGGCAAUAAAAGCACAGCAGGUGGAGGAAGAAGGUGGCAACGUGCUCAGUGGCUUCAGCAAAGGCUUUUUAGCAAAAUCCCUCAACAUCGACGAAGACAUCGCAGAGAAACUUCUGUCUCCAGAAGACGAAAUGAAGCAGAUCGUGAAACUGGAGCAAGGUCUCAGCGUGAUCAGCCCCAAAUGGCAAGAUGAGGAUGAAGAUGACGACGAUGAGGAUGAAGAUGAAUCUUACUGUCAACCUCCACGGCGACCAACCCAUGGAAAGCGUGUACACAAAGUGGAGGUAAAGGAAGUUGAACCUCUCCCUCCUCGCAAGCAUGUCCACGAAGAGGAGGUAAAGGAAGUUGAACCUCUCCCUUCUCGCAAGCAUGUCCACGAAAAGGAGGUAAAGGAAGUUGAACCUCUCCCUCCUCGCAAGCAUGUCCACGAAGAGGAGGUAAAGGAAGUUGAACCUCUCCCUCAUCACAAGCAUGUAUACGAAGACGAAGACGAAGACGAAUACAAGCCUCGCAGUCCCCGCAGUCCCCGCACACGAGGACCAACCCCAAGCCCCAGAGGAGAAGGACACAAAGAUGUGGACGAGGGAUAUGAUGAGUCAGCGAGAUACAAGACCCACCACGAAAAGAGUUGGACAGAACCAGCACAAGAAGUAGAAAGUGGAGAAUCAAUCAAACAAUGGGAGACAAGACAAAGUAAAGACAAGCCACAUGGAUCUAACGGGGUUGACGAAACACUCUGCACCUUGAAGCUUGUUCACAACAUUGCUCGCCCUUCAAGCGCUGACUUCUACAACCCUAAAGCUGGUCGCAUCAACAAUCUCAACAGCUUAACUCUCCCAGCUCUCUACAAUUUUGGACUUAGUGCCCAAUAUGUUGUCCUCUACAAGAAUGGAAUAUACGCUCCCCAUUGGAAUCUGAAUGCAAACAGUGCGAUGUACGGGAUCCGAGGGCGAGGGCAAGUUAAAGUGGUGAACAGCGAAGGGAUGACGGUGUUCGACGGUGAACUAGGGAAGGGACAGUUGCUGGUGGUGCCACAGAACUUUAUGGUGGCAGAAGAAGCUGGAGAAGAAGGAUUUGAGUACGUAGUGUUCAAGACAAACCACAAUGCCGUCACCAGCUACUUGAAGGAGACAUUUAGGGCAUUCCCCUCUGAGGUUCUUGCCAAUAUUUACAAAAUUCCACAGACUCAAGUGAGUGAUCUUAAGUACAAUGGAAACCGGGGCCCUUUGGUCAACGGUGAUCAGUCUCAGUAUCAAUCAUCUUAA